UUGCUUUUCGAAUUGACGGAGCAGAGUGGUGGGAGCUGUGUGCAGUGACAGUGCAACUGACGUGGACAGGAUUUGCAUUGAAGACAUUGGGCCACAUAGGUGUACGCUAUGGCAGAAGGCGACAACAAAAGUGCAAAUCUUCUUGCUCAGGAGACUGCUCAGCUUGAAGAGCAGUUGCAGGGAUGGGGGGAGGUGAUCUUGGCAGGGGACCAGGUCCUGCGCUGGGAGAAGCCAUGGUUCCCUGGAGUUCUGAUCGGUGUCACCACUGUCAUCUUCACGCUGAUCUACUACUUGGACCCCUCUGUGCUGACCGGACUGUCCUGCACAGUGAUGAUCAUGUGCCUGGCGGACUAUCUGGUGCCCACACUUGCUCCAAGAGUCUUCGGCUCCAACAAGUGGACGACGGAGCAGCAACAGCGCUUCCACGAGAUCUGCAGCAACCUGGUGAAGACGCAGCGUCGUGUCCUUGGCUGGUGGAAGCGCCUCUUUGCCCUCAAGGAAGAAAAGCCCAAGAUGUACUUCCUGUCUGUCAUUAGUAGCCUGGUGGCAGUGGCCUGGAUCGGACAGCAAGUCCACAACCUUUUCCUCACUUAUCUGAUCGUGAGUUUCCUGUUGCUCCUGCCUGGUCUCAACCAGCAUGGAAUCAUCUCCAAGUACGCCGGCAUGGCUAAGAGGGAGAUCAACAAACUGCUGAAACAAAAGGAGAAGAAGAAUGAGUAAUGAAAGUUGACAGUGCCAGAGGAAAGAGUUUCUGAAAGUUGAAGCUGAAUAAGCGACGCCGCGCUCCCCCAACCUACGUAUCCGCUCAGAUUAAGACCAAUUCGAAAGCUCUCUACCAGAGCCUGGCUGCAUCCACAGUCCGGCUCUAGUCUUCUGGUGGGUUGUGCUGACUGAGGAUUUGCACAUGCAUGCAGCCAUCACAUUGGGUUUCUGUUUGCUGCCUGCUGUCCCACCCCUAAAUAGUUCAGAUCACGUCUUGUGUUAGGCACAAUUAUUUGGUUUUACAAUAUUGGUCUUUUUGAAAUCUGUGAAUUUUAUCCUUUUUGUUUUCUUUUUCGUCAUGCUUUUUUUUUUUGUUUGUUUUUUUUCAAAGCCAUUCCCAUUUCUUAAAGCAUGGAAGGCAACUACCUAGAGCAGUAUAGAACCUUGAACAGAAUAUGCCUAGAUGACCCUUUAAAAAGACUUGCUUUUUUUUUAAAACCAUGGACGGUAGCCUUCGCUUCGUCUUCUGGAUGGCUAUGAAACAGAUCUUCUGUCUACCUAGUAAGGUUGACUGCAAUAGUUGCCUGUUAUCAUUUUUCUUUUUCUUUUUUUAAUAAUUGCACUGAAAACUAGAUGAAACUGGAGUUUAAAGCUGUCCAUGUGUGGUGUGGGUGGUGUGUUUGAGUUCACUGCUGUACUGUUCACUGUUUGGGUCUCGCCUGGGAUCCCAAUGAAGCUUCUGCAAUGCUCACUCGUUCAGGUCACCAAUGUAAAUAUGUUACCUGUUACCUUUUGUCUCCUAUGUCUUAUCUAUGUUUUACCUCAUUCAAAUUUUCAUCUUUCCUUUCUCUCUCUCUCCUCUCCUUUAUUUAUCUUUUAUUUUCUUUUUGAGGACUAUGAAAUUAAUAAAGUCUGGUUUAAGAAUGGAGAA